AUGCGCUUUCUACACUGAGGAGGAAGAUGGCGGAUGUUUCUCUGGAUGAGCUGAUCCGCCGCCGCGGCGCUAAGAGGCCGAUAUUUGGGAGAGGAGUGGGCACAGUGGGGAGAGGUGCAGGUUUGGCGGGCAGAGGGGCAGGGAUGGUGGGCAGGACGUUUGAUGCCAGACAGAAGAUUGGCACCAGUGAUAUGAGACAGAGACUAGGAGGGAGUGGAGUGUUUCAGGUGAAGGAUGCACGGGAGCGCUUGGGGCAGAAGGAUGCACGUUUCCGUAUUCGGGGGCGAGGGGGUGCUGUGAGCUCAGUGCAGGACGCCAGACAGACCAUAAACUCCCGCAAACAACAGCAGCAGCAGCAACAACCGGACCCCCCAACAACCAGCAGCCAGCACACGCCUAUACCCCACAUCCACAUCCACAACACCUCUCCAGUCAGCACCACCACCAGGGCCUUUCCCACCAAUCAAGGACUUAACUCCAGAGUGAGUGUGGCCAUCCAGCCUGGAGGUGGGCUUACGAAAGUGGUGGAUGCACGGGAUAGGCUGAGCCUGAAGAGGAGUAUCUCAUCACCUAAUCAGGGGCCAGCAGUUCCACUCAAGAUCACCAAAACCAUCCAACAGAGGCCUGUGGGUAUGACCAGUGGAAUCCGUAUAAACGUCCCUGGCAGGGCAGCUCAGGAUCUCUCCACUGAAGAUGAUGAUGGUGGUGCCAUUCCUAGCAAACAGAUGAAGAUCACCGCGGCCAAUAACAUGGCACAGACACGAGCAAGUGCAGGUGCAUCAUUCUUAGUGUCCACUCCCAUCACUAAGGUGGUAAAGAAUGACUCUUACACAGCCCCAUCCCCUUCCGCCCCUGUUGCUGUGGCACCCGCUCGUCCCAGCACCCGACCCCCCGCGCAGACCCUGCAGCCCGUCUCAAGGACAAUGGUUACUGGACAUCAAGCUACUGGAAAUGGCAGUGCUCAGUCUGCGCCUCCACAGCCGGUGUUCAGUCCAUUGGAAGGAACCAAAAUCACAGUGAAUAAUCUGCACCCACGUGUCACAGAGGAGGACAUAGUGGAGCUGUUCUGUGUGUGUGGAGCGCUGAAGAGAGCGAGGCUGGUGAAGGUGGGAGUGGCUGAGGUGGUGUUUGUGCGGAAAGAAGAUGCUAUUAGCGCCUACAGGAAGUACAACAACCGCUGCCUGGAUGGUCAGCCAAUGAAGUGUAAUCUGCACAUACAGGGCAAUGUGAUCACAUCAGACCAACCAAUCCUGCUGAGGUUGAGUGACUCUCCUGCGGGGGGCGCAGGGGGCACGACCGCCACCAGCAGCAAGAAGGACGGUCUGCCGGCGUCUCUUUCUCGUUCUCGCUCCAGCACUCCCCAGGCUGAGGUGGAUCCACAAACCAUUCUAAAGGCUCUCUUCAAAUCCUCCACUCAGAGCACAUCCACCACAGAGCCAGCAACUGCAAACCCUACGGCCUUCCGCAUCAAAAUCUAACACACACCAAACGACCAGGCCCUUCCACUCAUGUUUAAACAAGUCACAGCACAUACACUGAACCAUUCAAGCGCCGCCUGAAAUUUAAAAUACAUUCUGUUAUAUUAAGUUGAUUUGAAACACAUCUUCACACUUCUUUAUAGGGAAGGAAAGUGCAGACCUACACCAUUACCAUCUGCUGUUUGCGUUCAGAACAUCUGGAAUUGUCAUUAAAUUCGACUGUAAGGAAAUUUUUGAUAACGGAUUACAAAUCACUUAAUUCUGAAACUUUUGCGGUCAUAUAAACACAAUGCACAUGAAUACAAUAUAACAGCAGAUCAUUCUGCUGAGCAAUAUAACAAUAUAGCAAUAUAACCUCUAUAAAUGAACUGCAAAACUCAUGGCCCAGUGCUGGCUCUGCUUCUGUUUGGGAAAACAUUAUCGGUAUUUCAGCUAUUUUGAUCUUUGAUACAGUUGUAUGCAAAAUUUGGGUGGCUCUGGUCAAAUUCUGUGUUUCCUUGAUUGUUUUAAAGAGAAAAUAAGUUAACAUGUUAACAAAUGCAUGCUGCAUUUUUAUGCACAAUUAAUAUUUAUUUGCUGAAUAUCAUUUUAGAGAAAAAAAACAAUGUGGCCGUAUGUUGUGUUUUGUUUUUUUGUUUUUUUGGUUUUUUUUUUGCGCGAUAUGUUAAACCCAGCAAAAAAUAGACUUUGUGCACUGAAAUUUUCAUUAAAAAUGCCAUAUUUAAGUUCCCUGUGGGGGGAUGUUUUAACUUACUCUCAAUAAAACAUGUAAUUUGACCAGGGGUCCUCAAAUUAUACAACUCUGUAGUUCCAAAUAAAAAUGAUUAUAGGGGUAGCGUGGCAUUUCAUGUGCUACAACCUGUAAUGUAUACAUCACCUCCAAUUCACCACUUUCGAUCUCACCACUUUCCUUCCCGAUAUCCAGCAAGAAGCCACCACCUUUGAUGGAUACGACCAUCUGUGCAUUGUGCUGUAGGGACAGUGAUAUGGAGUGUUUUUUUUU